AUGGCGUGCGCCAACCCUGACCACGAGACCAGUGGCCUUCACCACACAAUGCAAACUCUGAACCUCAAGCCAGCUAUCAAGCAAGAGUGCAACAACACCGCAGGUGACAAAACCACCAAGAAGAAGCGCGGCCUUCUCGAUCUGCCUGCAGAGAUCUGGAGCAAGAUUGGCAAGGUCGUGAUCGACGAAACUCCUUUGUUCACCGACUCCGACAUCAGUCCAGACUACAUCAUGGACUGGAGCGACAACAAUACCGAGGUCCUCCCUCGCAUCAGCCUCGCAUGCCGCGCGCUUCGAGAGGAGCUCCUACCGUACUUUUACGAGAAGAACGUCUUUUUGUGCUUCAUGUCGCCCAACGUAGAGGGAACGGAGAAGUACGAAGACGUCGGAAGAUUCCUGCGUGCCAUCGGCAAGGAGAACCGCACGUCCCUCAAGGCCAGAUUCUGCAACAUCGGUAAUAGCAUGUCAAUCAAGAAGCAGUUCGAGACCGUGGCUAUGAAGAUGUGGAAGCUGCCAUUCAAGUUGGUGCCGACCGGAGGUCAAACCCCUGGCAAAGCGUGCGUGGGCUAUUGGAUUGAAUUCUUGUAA